GCUUAUGGUCUUUGCUUGAUUUCCUGCUGCCUGUCAAAUUUGUUUUUGUUUUGUGAUUGUGCGCUCUAAAAAGCUGCAAAUUGUGUGAAAAUAUUCGUGAAAGCUGUGAGUUUUCCACUGUGCGUACGAUUUUCAUAUAAUAGUGCGGAUUACCGUGAUUUCGCGCGACAAUGGAUACGGUUUACGGCUACAACCCGUAUCAAUACAACCAUUCGGAAGAUUUGGGCAACCAAAUGUAUGCCCACCAGGCGUUGUCGGGUCCGUUUAGCAGGGCGGAGGCGGGGCCGGCGGUGAUGCCGGUGCCGUCGGGCGCGCCGUGGAACGUGCAGGGGCUGCCGUGGGGCGGCGCGGGGGCGGCGCCAGGGCUGGUCACGUUCACCGGACAGGCCCCCGCGGCCCCGCUCCCCGUCCAGUGCCAGGCGCUCACCCCCGUCGUACACACCAAGAGGAAGUCCUUGGACAUCGAACCUGUCAUACCGCCAAAACAACUCAUUACGGAAGAGAAAAUGGCUGCACACCUGAAUGGCCUUCACAUUUCAUCUGACUUUGUGUCUCACUCGACGGGAGAUGAACUGAUGGAUGUCGGCAUGGAUGGAGGCCUUGCAGCAGUCAGCGAGAAGUUGAAGGGACACAAAAUUGUACUCGCUGAAGAAAUCAAGAGAAUAAGAAGUGAACCUUUGCUACCUGCAGCUCUUAUAGAAAGGCUAGAGAAGCCAUGCAUGUCACUUGUGGUGUGGAAACCAAAAGAAAGCCUUCUAGACCAGCCACUGCCUGAAGAAGAUGAGGAUUCCGAGUCAUCUGACAGCAGCUCCCACCGGCAUGGCAAGAGAAACGGUGUACUAGUGCCAGACUUGGGUAUGGAUGUAGAAACAUAAGCAUGAUGUAUGAUUUGUUAAGAUGUAAGACUGUUUUUUAGUUCUUAAAUUGAAGUUGUAAAGCUAGAUCUGUGCUUGAAGAGUUCUGUUGAAUCCUAGUUGUUAUUAUUGGGAAGACAGUUAUGUAAACAAAUUAUUCGAAAACAUUUGCUAAAAAUCCUUAUUCCAAAUAAGACUGUUAAGUAUGUAAAAAAAACAUUGCUUACAAAUUGGUUUACAUUUAUUUAAAUGAACAAAAAAACAACAGAUUGCUCCUGAAGCAUAGACCUAGCUAUCAAUGUUGUUGCAGCAUGUAAAAUUCUGUAUGUCUAAUAAUCUAAUCCAAUAGUGUUUAUGUAUGAUGCCUGUGUUCCCAAACAUGUUCUACUGUUAAACUUAUGCUAAACUUGCUAUUUUUCCCACUAUUUGCUUGCGAUAUGUUUUUUCCUAGUCAUAACUGCUGAGUUGAGCACCUCAUGGAGGAAACCCUGGUAACCAAAACAGAUACGAAAUGUAAAACGAGAAACUGUUCUACAUACAAUAGAAGGGUUUUUGAACUCAACUUUUUAUUGGUGCUAAAUGUGUAAUUGCGUGCAUCGUGGCUUGUGAUUUAAAUGUCGCGACAUCGACAGGAUGAGUAUGAUGAAAAUUUCACCUUAUGCCAUAGCAUUUUCAUCGUUUAUAGUCUACAACAGUGUACCUAUCACAAACUUAUUUUGACAACCAUUUUCGGAUACAAAUUGAAUUUGACAAUUGUUACUUAGUUUUGACUUCGCGGCAGGGCUCCAGGCAUAAGCCGCGAUGCACGGAGAACCUUGAAUUGUAAAAUGGCGUGUAAUUUCGCUGUAGGGAACAUACUGGCGUUGUUUCUUAUGGUUUUUAAUUUGCUACCUGGCAAUUGGCCUGUUCUCUGCCGUUCUAGUUUAGCCUUGCUGAACUAACAUUAAAAAGAUAAAAAGAUUUCUUCUCAAAUAAAAAAAUAAUUAAGACGACGAAUCGUCAGUUAUUUUCAUAUUCUUUAAAGUUCUAAAUUUUAUAAAAUAGUCUGGAAUAGUAUUGUAAAGUUUAAAUACUGUGAAUAUAAUUAUGUUUAGGAUAUUAGUGUUUAAUAUUUGUAUUUUUCCGCACAACAAUGAUCAAAAAUAGUAAAAAAUAUUGUAUAUUCCUUAGAAUAUACUUUUAGCAAACACCACACCUCCAAACAUCCUGUGUAUUUUUUUUAUAAUUUUAAUGAUUAUGUUUGUUGGUCCGUAACAGUAACUGAGGUGCGGGAUUAUCAAAGUAAUAAUAUUAAAUAUGUAUGUGUACCGAUAAAGUAUGUUAGGGAUUUGGAUAAAAGUGCUUGUAAAAAUUAAGUAUGUUUGGACUUUGUAAGUAACGAAAAAAAGGAAAUUCAUUGAAUAAAAUAAACAAUUUAAUAUUUUA